AUCACUUUCUAACGUGUACAUCUUCAUAAUUUAAAAGCUCACAAUUCAAGCUCACAAAUAAUAAAUAAUGAAUCGUGAGUAACAGUCAUUAUCUAUGAAUCUUUUUAUAUUUUUCGGUUUUGGAGUAAUUUUCAAUAUUUAUCCAACAUUCUUAAAAGUUGGAUCCAUCCAUUAAUAUAAGAAUGGUCGGAGCUUAUGAAAUCGAUGAAGAAAUAAUUGAACAAUUAACAAGAGGUUAUGAGUCAAGUUCAAUAAUGUUACAAGCUAUCAAUUUUCGAAAAAAAAUUCCAUGAUUGUGUAAUAAAUGAAAAAUAUAUCGUUUUUGCUCAGCUGGAAAAUCAUCAUAUUAAAGAUUUAAAUCAAGUCAAUAAAUAUGUAACGUUGCUUUAGGAUUGCAACAAGUGUGAUUCUGAAAAUAAAACAUUCCCAAGUUAAUAUAACUCACGAGCUGUGCUACUGGUUUAAUAGAUUUGGUAUAAGGAAUCGGUAUUGUAGAAUUUCAACGUGUAGUCAAAAACUAACUCAUACUCAUAGUUGCAUCAUCUAUUUACUAUGAAAAUCUAGUAAAUUGACAUUUUAAUUUGACGUCUGAUUUAAUCUGUUUGAAAUUUGUUUUCUCACUGGAAUAAUUUUCAUACAAGAAAAAAGAGAAGUUUUUGUGAAACACGACCAAAAAGUGGUGACAAAAGUGAACGUGUCAAUUAGCAAGAGAAAGUUUUCAGUAAUUUAAAAAAUUACAUACGGUAUGAGGAAGUAAUUCAUUAAAUUGGACUCUAGGCAAUAAAAUCUCUCAGUAUUGAUGUUACUGCUAUAUUGGAAUAUUUACAAAUUUUGAUUAGUGUUCAUAAGAUAUACACAAUGGAUAACAAUUUAAAAUCCAACGAAAUUGCUGCUGAAAUAAAAAAUAAUAUUAUAAAGAAAGAACAUGUUAAUCAGUCAAUCAGUGAAACAAAUCAAUCUAAUGGCCAUUCGAAUGGCACAUCAGUUCCAGAUCGAAAUGAUAAAGUUAAAAAAACUGGAAAGUGUAAUUGCAAUUCAUCAUACGUAGAAGAUAAACCUGAAGGAAGGGUUCUUGUGAUUUAUACUGGAGGAACAAUUGGAAUGAUGAGGAAUGAGCAAGGAGCUUUAGCUCCAAUACCGAAUAAAUUUGUUAAAACACUAAAAACUUACCCACACAUGCAUGAUCGGAAUUAUGCUGAAAAGAGAUUUGGAUUAUUAGAUUCAUUAGUAUUACCAAUGCGGAAAACAGAUGGCAGGCGUAUAAUCUACAAUGUUUUGGAAUACUCGCCUCUUUUAGACUCUAGCAACAUGACAAUGGAUGACUGGAUUAAAAUAGCUUCAGAUAUAAGGGAACACUAUGAAUUUUAUGAUGGUUUUGUUGUUCUUCAUGGCACAGAUACUUUGAGCUACACUGCGUCAGCACUUUCAUUUAUGCUUGAAGCUCUUGGUAAAACGGUGGUAAUAACUGGAUCCCAAUUACCUAUCUUUGACACAAGAAGCGAUGGCCUUCAUAACUUUUUAACAUCUCUAGUAAUUGCUGGCAAUUACAAUAUUCCUGAGGUUUGUGUAUUUUUUGACACUCAUUUGAUGCGUGGAAAUCGAACCAGUAAAAUGGCUGCUGCUUCAUUUGAUGCUUUUUCAUCCCCUAACUGCCCACCAUUAGCAAUUGCAGGCAUUCAAAUUGAAGUAAAUUAUCAGUCAAUCUUCCGACCAUGUGCGUUAGAAAAAUUUCAUGUUCAUAAAGUGUUAAAUCGAAACGUGGGGCUAUUAAGAAUUUUUCCAAGCAUCACAGCAGAUUUAGUCAGAACAUUUGUUCAGCCACCCAUUGAAGGAGUCAUUCUGCAGACAUAUGGAGCAGGAAAUAUACCAGCGAAUCGUCAGGAUAUCUUAGAUGUUCUACGUAGUGCUGCAGAACGUGGCGUUAUCAUUGUCAAUAUUACUCAAUGUACAAAAGAUGGUGUUACAGAUAUUUAUGAACCAGGAAAAUUACUCAUCGAUGCUGGUGUUACUAUUGGUUAUGAUUUAACUCCAGAAGCUGCCUUAACAAAACUAGCAUAUGUUUUAUCUAAAACAGAAUGGGAUAUUUGGACUAAACGAAAAAUGAUGAAAACUAAUUUGCGAGGAGAAUUAACAACAAAUCAUCAGGUAGAUUUGCAAGAUAAAGAAUUAUUAAUGGGAUGGCUUGGUCUUCAUUCUGAAACUGAACUUCUUGCUUUGGCACCGACUAUCUUCCCUGCAUUAAUGAUGCAAGCUGUUUUAUCUCGAGAUUUAGCGAAAAUUGUUUCAUUAAAAAAUAAUGGUGCUGAUGUUUCUCAAUUGAAUAUUGAUUCAAGAACAGUUUUACAUAUUGCUUGUUGUGAAGGUGAUAUCAAUAUGGUUAAAGCACUCUUAGAAAUGGGUGCAAAUGUACAUAUUAAAGAUCGAUUUGAUCGCACUCCACUUACUGAGGCUGUAGAAAAUGAUUAUCAUGAGAUAAUAAAACUGUUACGGCAAUGUGGUGCGCAUCUUCACGAGGAUCCUGUUAUAUUGGGUCAAAAAUUAUGUAAUGCAGCAGCAAGUGGAAAUCUUAAACGACUUCAGUCAUUUCAAAUUGCAGGAGCUAAUCUUUCUCAAGCUGAUUCUUCCGGCAGGACUGCUCUACAUAAUGCAGCACUUCAUAAUAGGCCUGGAAUAGCAAGUUUCCUCUUAAAAAAUGGAAGUGAUGUAGAAAAUAUAGAUUUAUUGGGCCAUACACCUCUUGUCCUAGCACAAUUAAUGAAAUCAAAAGAUGUUUUGAAAAUUUUUGACAAUUUCUACAGUAAUUCAAAAAUAUUUGAGAAUAUUAUCACUUAAAAGAUGUAUUGCGUAGAUAUUCAACUCUUCUAAUUUAAAGUUAAUGACAGGAGAAAGUAAAAAUCUGACAACCCCCGAUGCGUAUCAUGUGUUUUACAUGAUGGGACAUUUUUUCAUGCUGCGCGCAUCUGGACAAUGAAAGUCGAUUGUCAUGCUGGUUAAAAAGAUUGCGAGAGUAGAUGAAAAACUUAAGAAUAUACUGGAAACUGAUGUAACAAGUUUAAAAGUAAUAAUAAAAAUUUAUUUAUUUGUAAA